CAACAAUAGGAGCGGCGGGAGUGCCAAACAGUCUUCAAACUUAGAGAGCUGGGGCCGCGAAGCAAUACAACUGAUUCUAAAGUAAGUGCCUUGCAUUUGUUUGCAACAAUGAAGGCCAUGGAGGAUCAGGUGGUUGAGGAGGAAGUUAGCUUCCAGGAUGAAGAGGAGUCUUUCUUCCAGGACAUUGAUCUCUUACAGAAACAUGGCAUUAACGUGGCUGAUAUUAAGAAAAUGAAAACUGUUGGAAUCUGCACAGUGAAGGGGAUUCAGAUGACAACACGAAGGGCACUCUGCAACAUCAAGGGACUUUCUGAGGCCAAGGUGGACAAAAUCAAGGAAGCAGCCAACAAGCUCAUAGAGCCAGGAUUUCUCACUGCAUUUGAGUAUAGCGAGAAGAGAAAAACAGUGUUUCACAUCACCACUGGCAGCCAAGAAUUAGACAAACUGUUGGGUGGUGGAAUUGAAAGCAUGGCAAUCACAGAGGCAUUUGGCGAAUUUCGAACUGGAAAGACACAGCUGUCUCACACUUUCUGUGUAACUGCUCAGCUUCCUGGACCUAGUGGAUAUUCUGGAGGAAAGGUGAUCUUCAUUGAUACAGAGAAUACCUUCCGUCCAGAUAGACUGCGAGGGAUUGCUGAUCGCUUUCAUGUGGAUCCAGAUGCAGUGCUGGAUAAUGUUCUUUAUGCUCGUGCUUACACCAGUGAACACCAGAUGGAACUACUGGAUUAUGUAGCAGCUAAAUUUCAUGAAGAAUGCGGCAUUUUUAAACUCUUGAUCAUAGAUUCAAUCAUGGCACUUUUUCGAGUGGAUUUCAGUGGCCGUGGUGAACUUGCAGAACGUCAGCAGAAACUGGCUCAGAUGCUCUCCCGCCUCCAGAAAAUCUCUGAAGAAUAUAAUGUGGCAGUGUUUGUUACCAAUCAGAUGACUGCGGAUCCAGGAGCUGCCAUGAGUUUCCAGGCAGAUCCAAAAAAACCAAUUGGUGGUCACAUUCUGGCUCACGCCUCUACUACAAGGAUCAGUCUGCGGAAAGGCCGAGGUGAACUACGCAUUGCAAAAAUCUAUGACAGCCCAGACUUACCAGAGAACGAAGCUACAUUUGCCAUCACUACUGGAGGAAUUAGUGAUGCCAAAGAAUGA